AUGGCCAAAGAAAAGAGAAGGAAGAAGUCGACCGGAUCGGCAGGCAAGACGAUCGUUUUUCUGCACCCUGAUCUUGGUAUCGGCGGCGCUGAGCGGCUGGUCGUGGACGCCGCUGUUGGCCUGCAGAAACGUGGUCACCGUGUCGUCAUCUUCACUAGUCACUGCGACCCGAGUCACUGCUUCGACGAAGCCCGCGACGGCACCCUCGACGUCCGCGUCCGCGGCAACACUAUCGUGCCCCCGUCGAUCCUGUCGCGCUUCUCCAUCCUCUGCGCUAUCCUCCGCCAGAUACACCUCAUUCUGCAGAUCACCAUAUUCUCGAGCGAGCUCGCCGACCUCAAGCCCGAUGGCUUCUUCGUCGACCAGCUGAGCGCUGGCCUGCCGCUGCUGGCUGGCCUCUCGCCCCAGCUCAACUCCCCGCCGCCAAACAUACUUUUCUAUUGCCACUUUCCAGAUCUGCUUCUUGCGCAGGGAAGGCAAAAGUGGUGGAAGCGCUUGUACCGUGUGCCCUUUGAUCGGCUAGAGGAGUGGAGCAUGGGAUUCGCGGACGCAAUUGCCGUCAACUCUGGCUUCACCAAGGGCGUCGUCUCGCGCACCUGGCCGGCCCUCGCGGCCAAGACUGACCUUCAGGUGGUGUAUCCUUGCGUGGAUGUGCGCGUAUCAGGAGAGGCGCCGAAGGAGGGUCAGAGUGCAGCAGACGACAGCAAAGAAGAUGUGACGUCGGAACUGGACUGGAAGGAAUCCAGGAUACUGCUCAGUAUCAACCGAUUCGAGCGCAAGAAAAAUGUUGCAUUGGCAAUUAAAGCCUACGCGGGUCUACCCAAGCAGAAGCGGGAGGGUGUCAAGCUCGUUAUUGCAGGCGGCUACGAUAACCGCGUGCCUGAAAAUGUCUCCUACCAUACGGAACUCACAAACCUGGCAGACUCGCUGGGUCUCCGUCAUGGGACCACCAAGACGGUCGUCACAGCAUUAGGUCUCGCGCGUGAUCCUUCGAUCGACGUACUAUUCCUUCAGUCCGUCCCUUCAGCGCUCAAAACAGCGCUUCUGCGAUCAGCCAAACUGCUGCUAUACACGCCAGCAGAGGAGCAUUUUGGCAUUGUGCCUCUGGAGGCAAUGCUGGCAGGCUUACCCGUCCUCGCCUGCGACAGCGGUGGUCCCACCGAGACUGUAUUGGAGGGCGUCACUGGCUGGCUGCGCUCACCCGAGAAGCCCGAGGAGUGGACCAAGGUGGUAGAUAUGGUUCUGAACCACCUCUCUGACGAGCAAAGGGAUGAGAUGCGUGCUGCGGGUCCCAAGAGGGUCAAGGAGAAUUUCGCGGAAGAGCAAAUGGCAGAGCGGCUCGACAAGAUCUUUGAUGAUAUGGAGCAAAGCGCUUCUGUGAGGCAAUCAGGAAGCGUACUGCUCAUAUCUUUUGGCCUGGUUUCUCUGGCAGUGGUCGCAUUUGCCGUCUCGCUUUUCAUGAAGUCCAUCGUUCGGUGA